UCUUGACAGUAGGUCCGUGUUUUUUCUUUUUUUUUUUUACCUCUUAGCUUUUCUUUAUUGCACCCUGCCUAGCUCUCUUUCUCUAUUUAAAAGCGCCUUUCCUCGUGCCUGCGCGUCUCUUGUUAUUUAUUCAUGUAUUUAUUAACGCGUCUCACCUGAACGCCUUGUUACUUCAUCCGCUGUCACCAUUUAUUAUUAUUAUUAUUUUUUAAACAUUUCACGCCGUCCCUCAAAUGAGAAGACGUAGAAGAUGGAGCUUCACAUCCUAGAGCACAGCCUGAAAGUGGCGAGUAUAGAGAAGGAGGGGAUCCAGAUCUGCACCCACGGACUCGUGAAGCUCGCCUUCCUGUCCUCCAGAACCAGAUGCAAGUUCUUCAGCCUGACGGAGACCCCGGAGGACUACACCCUAAUCGUAGACGAGGAGGGCUUUAAAGAGCUGCCCCAGUCGGAGCACAUCAGCGUCGCCGACGCCACCUGGGUGGCCCUCAACGUGGUGUCGGGAGGCGGCAACGCCUCCAACUCGCAGCCCAUCGGGGUCACCAAAAUCGCCAAAUCGGUCAUCGCGCCGCUGGCCGACCACAACAUCUCCGUCUUCAUGCUGUCCACGUAUCAGACCGACUUCAUCCUGGUGCGGGAGCGGGACCUCCCCAUGGUCAUGCACACGCUGUCUUCGGAGUUCACUUUGCUCCGGGUGGUCAACGGGGAGACCGUCGCCGCCCCCCACCUGGGAGCCACCAACGGCUUCGUGAAGCCCAAACUCGCGCCGCGUCCCGUCAUCCAUCCCCUCUCCAGUCCCAGCAACAUGUUCUGCGUGACCAGCCUGGACCCGGACACACUGCCCUCCGUGGCCACCCUGCUCAUGGACGUCAUGUUCUACUCCGCAGGGUCGAAGGAGGCCUCGGCCUCCAGCGAGGACUCCGGCCACAUCCGCUUCUUCUCCUUCUCGCUGAUCGAGGGCUACGUCUCUCUGGUCAUGGACGAGCAGACGACUCAAAGGUUCCCCAACAACGUCCUCUUCACCAGCGCUUCGGGGGAGCUUUGGAAAAUGGUUCGGAUCGGGGGACAACCUUUAGGAUUCGACGAGUGCGGCAUCGUGGCUCAGAUAUCGGAGCCGCUGGCCACGGCCGACAUUCCGGCGUACUACAUCAGCACCUUCAAGUUCGACCACGCUCUGGUUCCCGAGGAGAACAUCCAGAGCGUCAUUGCAGCUCUGCGGACCAAGAGCACGGCCGAGUGAAGGGAGCCGCCGCCUCCUCCUCCUUCUCCUCCUCGUCGCCCCGGAAACGGGCCAAGAGACCGGCGGACUCUGAAGGGGGGAGGGGGGGGGGGGAGGGUUCCGCAGCCAUUUUCCUCCCCCUCCCUUCCAGUGUUUGCUUUGGUUCAUAGACUGAACAUGCGUAUCUUUUUUGCUCUGAAGCUGCUUGUCCCCGACCCCCCCCCCCCCCCCCCGACCCCCCCGUGAGCACCAUAACUACAGAGUUAGUUACAUGAUGAAUGUAUUCUCAAAAACAAGACCCACAUAUCCACCAUAUAUAUAUAUGGAUCUAUAUUCAUAUAUGGGUCCAUAAGAACACGGAUAUGAAUAUGGAUCUAUAUCCGUGUUGUUAUGGUCUCUGUCUCAGUGCCAGUGUGUGUGUGUAUGUGUGUGUGUGUGUGUGUGUGCGCGUGUGUGUGUGCGUGUGUGUGUGUGUUUGUGUGCGUGCGUGUGUGUGUGUGUUUGUGUGCGUGUGUGUGUGUGUGUGUGCGUGUGUGUGUGCGUGUGUGUGUGUGUUUGUGUGCGUGCGUGUGUGUGUGUGAGCCUAAACCCGAUGCCUUCGUCACAACACUACACGCGUGUGCUACUCUUUGCAGUCAUUGAUUAUUUGGCAAUAAUCAAUGACUGAGAAGGGGGAUCAUCGUUUUGAUUUGGAGAAAGUUAAUCAAUGAACAUUCGGAAGAGGGUUAAUAAUUGAAAAGCUUUUACGAGUUGAAGGAUCCAGCGUCUUAAAUGGUGCCAGCAUUCAUGCUUCCCUCAGUUUUAAGUAUUUAUUUUAAUUAUUACGAUUAUGGGAAGUGGUGCACACAACGUACUUCGGUUAUUUCGUGAUGAAAAGCAAUAUUAUCGUUUAGAAUUUAGCGAGCAACGUAACUCUAGAAAUAAUACGACAUUACGAUGGGAAGACAUAUUUGGUGUUAUUUAAAUAAAUAGAAAAAAAUAAAUAAAAUGAAGUGGAAUAAUAACGGUUCAUAUCAAUAAAAUGCAGUCCGACCAAUUUCUACGAUUAAAUGUUUUUUUCGAUAAUCUAUUUCUUAAUUCAGAUACUGACAUCAUACUUGAAAAUCCAAUUGUAUUAGGUAUGUCGCUAAAGCAAUUAGCUUAGCUUAGCAUAAAGCCUGGAAACAAGGGGCCAACAAAGCUUUGGAUACUUAAAAGUCUGCCAGACGUCUAAUAAUUGUCUAUCAAAUCAAUAAGACUAUAAAGAAGAGUAUUAAUGAAGGUGAAGGAAUAAAAUAUAUCAAGUCAAUACAUUGAAAUAUCCAAAGGUUAUUGUAAACAUUUUUAGAAUGAAUCAAACUACUUUUUUACUACUAAAUUACUAUUUAAACCUUAUUCUCAACAUUGAGACUUUAUCCUCAAAGGGGGGGAAGAUAAAAACCGCUUUCCCUUCACUCUGCUCGCUCUUCGCUUCUUGGGGAGUUCCCGUCGUAACCGCGGUUACCGUGCGUCCCGUCGUAACCGUGGUUACCGUGUGUCCGCGCCGCUCCCGUCCCGAUAACGAAGUGCAAUGAUUCGUGAAUGCCUGAGCCACUUUGUGACACAAACAUAAGCUAUGCUUCACACAGGGAGGGGCCCUGCUGUGUUGAAGCUGCCCCUGUCCUGCCCCAGUCUGCACUUUAAUGCAGGUCCCCCCCCCCCCCCCCCCCACAGGCCUGCUGUACUGAUGUGAAAACAGGGGAGGUCUAUUUACUGUAGAGCGAUCCGCCCACACGGGGACGUCUCUGUUGGUCUUAAACAUUUAGUGGUACCGUUUCUCCUUUUCCUUUAAUUUGACCCUUCUAACAACAAGCCUCCUUCUGGUCAGACAUGAUGAAACGUAUCAGUGUUACAAACAGGAGGCCGGUGGGAACUCUUAUGACUCGAAGAAAAAACAUGUUGAAGAGCUUCUCCUAUGGAUAUUUUCUUCUUUUGUUCUUGUUUCACCAAUGUGUCAUUUUGAAUGCAUUUACUUAACAGGGAAUCUUCCUCUCGCUGUAUUUGCUGCCAAUGUGUACUCUUCCAUCAAUAAACUGGUGACAUCUUU